AUAAGUCAUUCUCAUUACUCAAUGUAAACGAGUACAUUGAUUUGAUCAUUUGUAUGUUUAUUAUUUUAUUUAUUAAAGUACAUAAAGUAGGGUAAUUAUAAAUUAACCAAGUAAAUAUUUAGAUUAGAUUUACGACGGUUUAUUUUCUAAAUCUCUAAUAAAACUUUAUACCAAAAUACAAGAUCAUAGAGCCCAUUCCAAAGGUUAAAUGUGAGAGAUAAAUUUCCUUUCAAAUAAUAUAGUCGCGAUGUUCUCGUUAAAUAACAAUUUGGAGCUGCGAAGAGUGACCAUCACCAGUUUGCUGACAUGCAUCUACCUACCGAGCAUUGUGACCGUGAUAUCUUACAAGGGGCUGUUGUAUUCAGUCGGGAAUGCAUCAUCUGUCUACAUUCUGGUUCUUAUAUUUGUGGCGGAGUUAUUGAAGUCCUUUUAUCUGAACUCUGGUAAUGAAUGUCAAGUGAAGAAGAAGAGCAGAAACAGAGCAAGUGACAUUAUGAAGUCAAUAGUGUUCUUGUUUGGAGUUGUGUUUUGUUUUUUCAUAGCUAUCAUCCUCUUUGGCGCUCCGGUUCUAGAGCAGCACGAUGGGACACUUCUGUUGUCUAGUCUCCUGACUCUGUUGACCGUCUUUCCAUUGAUAGCUCAUACAGGUGUAGAGUCUGCCAUGCAACUAUUAUUUGGAGUGAAAACCUUUUCCAGAGACACCAUAAUUGCUAUGUUGGUUAAUAAUGCUCUAAUGACAGUCUGCGGGGCGUGGCUGGGGGCUGUGGUGAUACCCCUAGAUUGGAACACACCCUGGCAGCAGUGGCCUAUACCGUGUUAUUUGGGUGCUGUUGGUGGCUACUUGCUCUCCAAUGUGUUGACUGUUACCAAGGUUACGUUAUUGUCAGCAUCUAAUAAAUAUCCUGCAUUGAACUUUUUUGUUAAUGUAAUAAACAGACUUCAUAUAUCUAAAUAAUGUAAUAUAUAGUAUUAUUAAAAUAAAAUAUUGUGUAUUCAUUCAA